CGUCACGUCGUGGUCGUGCCUGCCCUUCAUAUCCGUCCACAUCCUUCUAGGCUCUGCUCCCAAGCGCAGCACAACGAUGGCCCUGCGAAAGUCAAACAAGGUGAUCCUCUGUUUGGGAAACAUCUCCCCAUCUCUGGGAAUCCUGUCCACCCGGAACAGCUCAUGGUGGGGUGGAGUGCAGAUGGGUCCCCCCGAUCCCAUCCUGGGGGUGACUGAGGCCUUCAAGAGAGACACCAACCCAAAGAAGAUGAACCUGGGAGUGGGAGCCUACAGGGAUGACCAAGGCAAGCCCUUUGUGCUCAGCUGUGUCCGCAAGGCAGAGGCCAUUAUUGCAGCCAAGCAGCUGGACAAGGAGUACCUCGCCAUCGGGGGUCUGGGAGAAUUUGCCAAGUCCUGUGCCCAGCUUGCCCUUGGUUCUGAUAAUGAGGUUCUGAAGAGUGGCAGGAACAUCACUGUCCAGACCAUCUCAGGCACUGGGUCUCUGCGCAUUGGAGCCAACUUCUUGGCUCGAUUUCAUGGAGGUCCACGCGAUGUUUACCUGCCCAAACCCUCCUGGGGAAACCACACACCCAUCUUCAGAGAUGCUGGCAUGCAGCUGAAUGCAUACAGAUACUAUGACGCCUCCACCUGUGGCUUCGACUUCAAAGGAGCCCUUGACGACAUUUCUAAAAUCCCAGAGAAGAGCGUGAUCCUGCUGCAUGCCUGUGCUCACAACCCCACUGGUGUGGACCCCAAGCCUGAGCAGUGGAAGGAGAUUUCUGACAUUGUGAAGAAAAGGAAUCUGCUCCCGUUCUUCGACAUGGCCUAUCAGGGCUUCGCCAGUGGAGACAUUGACCGUGAUGCCUGGGCUGUGCGCUACUUCAUCGAGCAGGGUCACAACAUCCUGCUGUCCCAGUCCUUUGCGAAGAACAUGGGGCUCUAUGGUGAGCGUGUCGGGGGCUUCACUGUGGUGUGCGGCAACGCAGAAGAGGCAAAGAGGGUCGAGUCUCAACUCAAGAUCCUCAUCAGACCCAUUUACUCAAACCCGCCCAUGAAUGGUGCCAGAAUUGCAUCAACCAUUCUCAACACACCAGAGCUGUACUCAUUGUGGCUGCAGGAGGUCCAUGGUAUGGCUAACCGCAUCAUAAAGAUGAGAGAACAGCUGGUGGCUGGUCUGAAGAAGGAGGGAUCCUCCCACAACUGGCAGCACGUCAUUGACCAGAUUGGGAUGUUCUGUUUCACAGGACUCAAACCUGACCAGGUUGAGCGCCUUACAAAGGAGUUUUCAGUGUACAUGACCAAGGAUGGCAGAAUUUCCAUGGCAGGUGUUUCCUCUGGGAACGUUGGCUACCUGGCACAAGCGAUCCACGCUGUCACCAAGUAGAGCAGAUCCUGCUGAGACACUACAACAUCAAAGCGGCUGUGUUAAAGAGGAGCAUUGUGCAUCACUUAUUCUGUCUCCUCCAUUCCACCUUUAGUAAAGAGCUUUAUUUAGUUAGACAUUUUCUUAAUUGGAUUUCAUCAUGAGUUCAACUUGGGACAGUUGCUGCUGUUAAACAGUUUAGUUUCUUUUUCUCUUUUUAAACAUUUCACUGAACAGCCCCCCCCCCCCCCAAAAAAAAAAAAAACUUUGACAAAUUAUCUCCCACCACUGAAGGGUCAUCUUUGCUUAUUUAUUAUGUGGAAUCAACUAUCAGCUGUGCAUCCUCCUAAAUGUGUGCUGUCUAUCUGCUGUGAGGCCACUCACUCUAAAACAUCCAAGUACUUACAUCAGGAUAAUGUAACUCUUUGAAGUAUUAACAUACAAGUUGAUAUCCCUGUUGCUUUGUGAAAGCCUGUAGGAAAUGUGAGUUCUUUGAAUAUUGGUGGUUAGGUAAUAGCACUUUAUGAGUUGAAAGGCACUGUUUGUUUGAAGAUUAGGUCGGCAUUCUGUUUUCUUUUGUCCAUCCUUUAAUCAGGUCACUGCUGGCUGUUCAUCAGAGCUUAUCAAUCCUCCAGUAAUGUAGCCUCCUGAUUACUUCAGUCUAUUUUAUUCAGCAGGAUUUGUGAAUUGUUUUUGGGUAUCAAUCUAGUUAAUCACACGGCAACAGUCUGUCAGUCAGUUCCUUUUAACCCCUGAUAAGAACAAGCACACGGGCCAGAAGGAGUCUCUCAGAGUCAAACUCUGAAGAUAAAAGCAAUCAAUGACUUAAACUAUUUCCCCAAUUAAGUUUUUUUCCACCACUGCCUCAGAUCAUCCCAUUUCUUACCUUCUUUUCACAAUGGAGUCUUUAUAUUUGGUACAAGUACAAAUGUCUCUGUGUGGUUGAUGAUUAGGGUACAUGAUUGAGGUUUACACUGGACAGUUCACAAAGAGAAACAACAAACAUGCUUCUCAUUUGCUCUCUGACUUCAUGGUUCAGUGUAUGAAUCUAUUUGUCAUUAAGACUGUGACACAAAUGGCAUCCAGCAAUGUGGGAUUUGCUUCAAGUCUGCCUAUACUUCCAUGUUUUGCAUUCUGUCAAUAACUAACGGUUCAGCGGUCAUGUACCUUAUUGAACAAACAAUAAAUGGUUAUAGAGUAA